UUGCUUUGUUGUGCAUUAGAACCACACCAUGCAUUUAGUCAUAUUACAAAAUAAUUUAUUGAGGCCAUACAUACAAAAUAACAUUAUAAACUGAAAAACGGGCCUGUCCCCGUUUAUCACGUCAUUUCACCACGUGACCGCAGCAAGCAGGUUCCUGAUUGGUUAACACGGCACGAACUGGCCAAAAGUACAUAUUUUUCUAAUCGGGCGUCAAGAAAAGUACAAAUUCAUCAAGAAUCGAUGCGUCUUAGAAUAGUUCACACAUAAUCACUGGUGACCGCUGCUCGAUCACUGAUUUACUCCUGAUCACAGCCCGACGGUGACCGAGCUCGCUGACCAGCAAAUCGGGCUUAAAAUCGUGUAGUGUGAACUAGGCUUAAAGCAGAGAUGAUUUAGUAGUGUCUCUGGCUAAAGUGAUUGUAGCUUUAGCGUCAAAAUUAAUUAAAUGUCAUUUUUCUCCCUUUAACCUAAGAUUAAAUCAUAAGUAUGAUUGUUUCCUUGGUACCACAUUUUCACUGGUCAGUUAUGGAGAUCAUUUGGCCAUUCUAAAAACUAUUGAUUUCAUUAUAUCUACUUGUGUUAAUAUAAUAUUGCUUUUUUUAAAUAAAUAUGCUCCUGCAUUAAACUGAGUAACAUCUGUAAUGUGUAACUAGAUACUAAAAUGCUUAUUUGCGACAUUUUAACAUUUUGAAAGUUUAUCAUAAAUGUAUUAAAACAAAUGUAUUUCACCUUUUAUUUCUACAGACAAGUGAUUUAGAACAAGUUCUGUCCCGGUGUCUGUGCUCUGAGACGUGCAUGUACCUCAUGCAAUACAUGUGACUUAUGUGGCAGUGCAAAUAUUGUGUGGCCAAAGAGAGUAGUAGGUACAAAUUACUUAAACAUUAUGAACUACAUCAUCAUUAUGGAGAGGCCAACAAUAUCAAUGCAUAUAUGUAAAUUGUCCAUGUACAUUCAGGACUUGGACUGGACUCCACACACGUCUAUAAAACUCAUUCAUUCCAACCUACACAGACUGCUUUGAAUUCAGUGACAUUUAAAUGUGAGAAGCCUCUAAUAGUGUGGAGUCUGGCUGUACUGCUGAUGUGUCAUUUGAUGAAGUUGAGGUUGAGAAGAUCAGCCUUAAAUACAAAAUGGCCAACCUCAGGUCCAAACUGAGAGGCCUAGGAUGCCCUGAAGUGAUGAUAAAUUCGCUAAAGAACAAGAACCAAGACAAGCGUUUGGCAGCAUCGAAUGUGAAAAAGCCCAGACGGGCUGAAGUCAAUUACUGUCCGCAGCAUCCAAAAGGAGAAUCCACUGAAAGUCUGGAGAUGGAAAGAGUCGCUCGCACUGCUUUCAGAAAUAAAAAAGAGGAACAAUGAGCAUAUUGUGAAGUUGAAAAUGGAGAAGACUUUCUCAUAUAGGAGGCAAGAAAUCCUUAAAGGAGAGCCUUUGAUUGCAGAUGUCAAUAGCAGAUGGCCAGCUCUGUUCACUGCGAUAGAGAUCGAUAGGGAGUUCCAUCGCAUAUCAACUUUACCUCUACUUUCUACAUUCUGUGCUGCUCUCGACCAGUACACUACACGCCUGAUGGAGAUAUUUCAAUGCAAAGGUGGAGCAGCUGGAAGAAAAAUAAGAAAUGUCAUGUUGGAGAUUUCCAAGGACGACACAAUUCAUACGAGACGUGCAUGUGUCCUCAAGUCCUUGUGCAUCUACUUGAACGAAGACCACGAGAAACUUGUGAAGGAAUAUAUGGACACAGACCUCGAGUCCAGCGCAUCCAUGGAGCAAACUGUGAUGGGGGUGUAUGUCAUUCAAAAGGAGGGUGCGUGUGCUGAAGAUGACCCAGAGGACAUCGGUGUCCUGGUCGAAGGUGUGAAGGUCCUCGGCAAGUUACCAAACAUUGGGGAUGCCUGUGCUUUGUUAUUUGGACUAAUAUACUGUCUGAACCUUAGCUACCCACCAGACCUCAAAUGCACCUUUGAAGUGAUGCGGAAGAUUCUCAUGAAUCUGGAUGGCCAGAGGUUAUCAUCCAAGGCACAGUUCCUAAAAAACAAGCUCAUGUAGUAAAUUUGCUCAAAGAAGAAGUCUAGUAUGCAGAUUUUAUUUUUUUUAUUUUUGCCUCCUUGUUUUCACAAGGACUUUAAGUGUGCUCAAUGGACACAGACUGUAAACAGGUUAAGCAACCAACUAGACCUCAAAUGCACUUUUGAAGUGAUUGCUUAAAGUAGAGGUCUUCAAGGCAUUUUUUUUUUUAAAUUAAUUUUUGCUUUGUUUUCAAAAGGACUUUUAGUUUGCUCAAUGUAUGCGGACUGUAAAAACUUGAGUCAUUCACAAAUACUGAGAUUGUAUAAUGUUUAUUAGUGUUGGAUUGUUUAAGGAUGUUUACUAGUGUUACAUAUUUUGAUAAAAAAAAUGUACAUGCUGCAAACUUUUAACAUAAAACCCCACCAAUUUUACAAGUUAAAAAAGAUAUUUUAAUAGGUUUAAGAUAUUUGAUACUAAUGUGAAAACGUGUUUGAUGCAAAGGUGGAGCAGCUGAAAGAAAAAGAAGAAAUGUCAUGUUAGAGAUUUCCAAGGUUUGAAUUAAAAUGUGUGGCUUUAUGCUUAUGCCAUGUUUUUAUAUAGUAUAAUGUUCUUUACAAGUGGCAGGCAAAAUAACAGUGAGAAGAGUACUAAAAUAUAUAUGGUAUAUUUUUGGUAGGAAUCAAAAAGCACCACGUGUUGCACUUUUGUGUUUGUACUUUUGGUGCCCCAGAUUAAACUUAUGUUCAGAGGUGUUCUGAUACCAUUUUGUCUUUAUAUUCUAAUACCCAAACCGUCAUUGCUGUAUGUGGCUCAGGUUUAACUUCUUGUAAUACAAACAAUGAAUGCCUAACCUUUUAUACAGUUUGAUAAGUGAGUGUAACGUGACUUUUUAUUUUUAUUUUUUUAACUACUUUAAAGUAGAUUCUCUUUCUUUGCUAAAUUACAUGGUAUUGGAUCUGUGCAUAAAUUUCAGUACUUAACGAUACCUGCUUUUAGGCAGUAUCGGAGACCAUUCCAAUGGUAUCGGAGAACAUCUCAUUCUUAUCUGGUAAAUUGUUUCCAGUUAGUCAGUAGCCAAUUGCUACAAUUCAGAUGUAAUGCAGGCAAAAUGUUGCAUAAAUAAAAAUGUUAAA